AUGCCUCGUCAGAGUACUCAGGGUUGUGUGCAUGCCGACAAUGACCCACUAGUGGAGGACCUACUGGCACUCAAGCAGCGCGUGCGUGAGUCCACCCACUUGGUCUCCAACUAUGCGCGUGCCAUCACCUCCGUCCGCGCUCACCCUGAGCCACUACGCAGCGCAGCCGAGGCCAAGAAAUUGCGACAUAUCGGCAACUACAUGGCCAACCAGAUCCACGGUAUUUUGCGAAAGAGAGAUCUACUAGAGGCCGAAGACCGCGCAUUGCCGAGUGCACCGCCUCCGGCACCUUUAGUACGCGUACAGGUCGAGAUAUCGGCGAGAAACACCUCUGUCGGGACGCCAGACCGCUCCACGAGAGACUACGCACCUGCUUACCGCAAACAGCCGUGGUUUGUGCUACUGGUGCUGCAAGAAGCUCAUGCGGUGGAUGAAGACGCAGCCAUGUCCAGUGACACGCUGCUGCAGCGAAUGCUGGACUCUGGGUAUGAAGGCAACAAUACUAAGCUGCGGACGUGUUUGGCGUCGCUGAGCGGGACGCAUGAGGUGGUCAAGAGGUCCAACUUGGGCUUCUAUUAUCUGACGGAGAAGGGCCGACGCAGCGCAGAAUUGUGUCCAGGAUCACUCACAGGACCAGCGACUACUACUACUACUACAGACUCCAUUACUUCAGCUGGAUCAAGUGCUACAGUGAGGCAGCGGCCGUCGAGUCCCAGCUGGACGUUUGCUGAGCUGGAAGACUCGGACGAGGAGAUAUUGACUGAGCUGAAUGCUCGUCGCGUACCAGAACCAGAGCCUGAAGCCGCGAUCAGGACACACACUGUACCUGAGGAUUUGAUCCGUGAGACGGACACGUGGGAGCUGGUUCUACUUCUGGACCAUCGUGAAAUCAUCGAGCGACGAAAUCCGCGAAUUCUGGAGAGGAAACUACUGGAGCGAAAUGUCAACUGCGAGGUGCGCGUGCUUGGUGUAGGUGACGCUCAGUGGAUAGCACGCAGGAAACGCAUUGGCGGGGAGACGCAGGAAUUCAUGCUGAACGUCAUCCUGGAGCGGAAAGAAGUGCACGAUUUGUCGGGCAGUAUUAUCGACCGUCGUUUCUUCGAGCAGAAGACGCGUCUGGCUACAGUGCGUGAGAACUGUGGUGACGUGCAUGUUAUUUAUCUAAUCGAGGGAUCACUGACGCAGAUAACCACAGUGCGUACCAGCGGCCUCCACACGGCGAUGGGUCGCACACAGAUGCAGAACAAUUUCUUCGUUCAGCAGUGCCAGAAUGCCGACGAAACUGUCACCUUCCUUGCUCGUGUGCACGCCCGGCUACUGGCGAAGUUCCCGUCGAAUCUGCGAGCAGCGAAGCCAGAGACGUCGCACUUGAUGCCUUUAAACCGCUUUGACACGAACGACUUCGCGAAGAUAUUUUGCUUGCCGCCCCAGACUUUCGCUCCCUUCAACUCGCAGUUCCGGAAGAAAAACCAGUUUACCGUGCGCGAGAUUUACCAGCGGAUGCUUUUGCAAGCCCCCGGACUCAGUGCUGCUAAGACCGUGGGUCUGUCAGCCAAGUACAAGAACUUUCACGAGCUGGGGAGUGCAUUACGGAAACGAGGUCGUGACAGGGAAGUCGAGGACGUCCGAUGUGGAAAAUCUCAGCGUCGGCUUGGCGCUAAGGCGAGCGAGUCCCUUACUAAAUUAUUGACAGCUCAUAAAUACAUCGAGGAUGCCUAA